AUGAACGGCCUCAGCGAAUCCACCGACCAUGAGCAGCCGACAGAGACGACUGCGCUUCUUGUGGAACGAAGAUGGCCGCGGGGCCAAGAACCCAGCCCUCAUCUCCCUCUGGUUGAGCCAGUAAUACUGCAUAUUCAAACCAAGGAUAUCGAUGCUUGUUCUCGCGCUGAACUCUGUCCAUAUGUCCUCUCUGGUCGAGCAGAAGAGACUGCCUUCCUGCUAGUGGUCUUGCUUCGAUUGCGUGGAUCUGUUGUGUCGUCACCCACAUAUGAUUCGGACAUUUGGAGGGCGUGGAUGAACGAGCGAGAGCGCGCAGAGAGCAUACAACAGCUGGAUCGUCGCAUUCUGCAAGAAUGGUCCGAUUUUCUUGCGGAUGAUCGCUCGGCAGAAGAAAUAGGGGAAGUUUUGUGGAGUUCGUUCUACUACAGACGCGUGCUGAGCAGCAGUGUCCUAGUUGUCGACUUUCUGAGCAAGUCAGAUGUACCGCCGGAGCUGUUAACGGACAGGUUAUUCCUCCUUAGCAUAAGGAGGACGUGGCGCCAGGGCAGGGCUAUUCCUCUCGGAGAUCGUUCUCUCGUUGAACGAUUGUUGUGCAGACUAGAUGCGGUAUGUACUCCAAGGGUCCUGCAUGCCAUUGACCUAUCCUUCCUGAUAGCCUAUCUCAAAUGGUCGUUAUCGAUAAUUCCUCCUCUACUGGUGCUUGCCGCCUUCCUUUCCCACCUGCCUUUUGCCCCUUCACCGGACGACUUCGCCUACGCCGUAUUGUUCUUCGCAUUCUCCUGGAUUGUCCUCGAACUACAUACUCCCCGCAGUCCGAGCCCGCUGUACUUCCUCCCAUUUGAGAGUAUACUACCCUUGGCUACUCUCAUUUGGCACGGCAUCUUUCACAUUAUACUCCCUGUCGUUGUAUUCUUCCUGCCGGCAUUGAUCCUUUCUCUCCUGCUUCUCUCGACGUCAUUGUACGACAUCUUCCCUUCGGUGAUGAUGUCGUACGCAUCCGCUCCUGCACCCAUCGAGGCGCGAACUGCAUUUUUGUCGUUGUUCGCCGUCAUAUUCCUGCUGAUGAUAUGUUCACUCGUGAUGCUCGUCCUCAUCUAUCCUUCCCUAUCAUCGGAUGAAGCGGUGGAUCGGUGGGAUCGGUACUCGAAGCCGGUCGGAUUGCAGGCUCGUAAAGCCCUCUUCCGGGUUGUCGCUGCAUACUCGGCCCCUCACCUCUUCCCGCCUCCUCUCAAUCUGAUCCAGCUCCUGGUGCGGAUACCCGUCAUGUUCCUCUCGACUGUCGGAGGUGCCAACUGGAUGCCUGCUGCGGAGACGGUGAACAAGGCCCUUUGGCGACUCACGGUUGCACCUCUGGGUUCCAGCCACGCUAGUUCAAAUAAGAGCAAUCCCAGUGCGCGGCCCACCAAGCGACGGAAAAAUGGCACACAGCCAACGGAGGAAGAUUUACCUACUCCACUUGCGCAAGCCAGCGCACCUACCGCUACUGCACUCUCGAUACGGAGCCUCCCUUCCCCAGGCGUCCCUUCUCUGGCGAACCUGUGCAUUCGCGUAUUUGCUGGUAAUCUUGCCAAGUUGCACUCGAACGCAACAGUAUGGGAAGACGUCCGCGCCUGGUUGAAGGCGUUGCCCGACUAUCUGGUAGCGAGAGUGUUCGCGGGACUCAAGGCGACAUGCCCAACGAUUCUGAGCAACGGAUUAAUUGUCGCGUACUUCCUCCGCGGCACCUCAAUUGCACUGGACAGGAGUCUGCCUGGAGCAAACAGGCAUACGAUCGCAGCAAUCCGCGAAUCGCCUGACAGUUCCAGUCUCCAAGAGCUGGAGAUAAGUGACUUUGAUAAGGAGCCGGACAGCUUGUUCGCAUCAGUGGUGGCGAAACUGCCUCAUCUCCGAAUGCUAGUGCUGCGAGGUUGCGCGAAAGUAGGCGAAAAGACGACUCAGGCAAUAUCAAAGUCUUGUCCACAGCUCGCUGUGUUGAAUCUGAACUAUACUUCCGUAACGCCCGCUUCCUUGGCCCCUGUAUUACUCUCAUGCCAUGGUCUGGAGGUACUGAAAGUAGCAGGGAUCUCAAGCUGGACAGACGCCUCAUUUGCCAAACUCUGGUCCGCCUUGAGUACCCACGAGGGUCUUUGCCUCACCAAUAUCCGGACACUGAAGCUGCGCCAAACCUCACUUGGUGAAGCCGCGCUGGGUCCAUUCCUAUCCAUCUGUCCAAACCUCCAGCGAGUGGAUCUCUCGUUCACUCUCGUCCGGUAUCCAUCGCAAUUGCUCGCCGGCAAACCCUUGGAGAAACUCUCUUUGACAUCGACCAAGGUCACUAGUAACGAGCUAGUCGCUACCCUUCCUCUCUUCCCCAAAUUAAUCACGCUCAACAUAGCUGCUCUUGGAGGAGGACAAGGCUCCAGUGCAGCCAUCUCCAACACAUCCGCGAUGAACAUGACCGAUCAGACCCUAAGGGAUAUCACGAACGUCCUUGCUGGCUUUACCCAUAUAGAGCGUGUCAACCUAGUCGGCAACAGCAAGCUGGGCAUCACUGGGCGGCGAGAUAGUGCUAUUGCUGAAUUUGUAAGACGGGUGGGUCGGAGGUGCAAGAUGCUGAACCUGGCCAGCAUCCCCUCACUUCGCUCUUCCGAUCUCGAAGGACUAGUACCGGAUACCGUCGCGGAAGGACCAUCGGCACUGCGAGUGCUGAUCCUCAAUAAUACCGUAGUCGACGACGAGGCUGCGCCAUUCAUUUCGAGCUGUCCCGAUCUGGAGACGCUGUCAGUCGGAGGGACACGCUUCACGAGUGCAGGCUUGUUUCCGAUAAUCGACGCUUGUAUGAAACUGCAGAAACUUGAUCUCACCAGCUGUCGAGGUGUGAAAGUCGGUGAACGGAGACGGUUCUUCGAGGUCUGGGAAGAGGAGUGGCAUGACGCGCGGAGCCGCUGA